CGCCUGCGCCGUGAGAGGCUGUGCGCCGCGGGGGCGGGGCCGCGCAGGCGUGCAGGGCGUCCCGGCUCCGGAGCAUAAACAAGAGCGGGGACGGGAUGAGGCGGCGGUUGAUCCCGGGACGGCGAGCGGCGGCGGCUGAGGCGCCAAUCGGGGCCCGGCACCGAUCCUGAGCGCAGCCCGACCCGUUCUCGCACGCGCGUGCACCCGGCCGGCCCGACCCACCCGCCCGCCGCGCGCCCAGCCAUGAACCUGGCGAGCCAGAGCGGGGAGGCCGGCGCCGGCCAGCUGCUCUUCGCCAACUUCAACCAGGAUAACACGUCCCUAGCUGUUGGUAGUAAGUCCGGUUAUAAAUUUUUCUCCCUUUCUUCUGUGGAUAAGCUGGAACAGAUCUAUGAAUGCACUGAUACUGAAGAUGUGUGCAUCGUAGAAAGAUUGUUCUCAAGCAGCUUAGUGGCUAUCGUGAGCCUCAAAGCCCCGAGGAAGCUAAAGGUUUGCCACUUUAAGAAGGGAACCGAGAUCUGCAACUACAGCUACUCCAACACAAUACUGGCGGUGAAGCUCAACAGGCAGAGGCUGAUAGUAUGCCUGGAAGAGUCUCUGUACAUACACAACAUCCGGGACAUGAAGGUACUGCAUACGAUCAGAGAGACCCCUCCAAACCCUGCAGGCUUGUGUGCACUGUCAAUAAACAACGACAAUUGUUACUUGGCGUACCCAGGGAGUGCAACCAUCGGAGAGGUGCAGGUCUUUGAUACAAUUAAUUUGAGAGCUGCAAACAUGAUCCCAGCCCAUGACAGUCCUUUAGCAGCAUUGGCUUUUGAUGCAAGUGGAACCAAACUUGCCACUGCUUCUGAGAAGGGGACCGUGAUUAGGGUAUUUUCCAUUCCAGAGGGACAGAAACUCUUUGAGUUCCGGAGAGGCGUUAAGAGGUGUGUGAGCAUCUGCUCGCUGGCCUUCAGCAUGGACGGCAUGUUCCUCUCUGCGUCCAGCAACACUGAGACUGUGCACAUCUUCAAACUUGAGACUGUGAAAGAAAAACCCCUGGAGGAACCCACCACCUGGACCGGGUACUUCGGGAAGAUGCUCAUGGCGUCCACCAGCUACCUGCCUUCUCAAGUGACAGAAAUGUUCAACCAGGGCAGAGCCUUUGCCACAGUCCGCCUGCCCUUCUGCGGCCACAAAAACAUCUGUGCUCUGGCCACAAUUCAGAAGAUUCCCCGGCUGCUGGUGGGGGCCGCCGACGGGUACCUGUACAUGUACAAUCUGGACCCCCAGGAGGGGGGCGAGUGUGCCCUCAUGAAGCAGCACCGGUUGGAUGGCAGUAUGGAGACGGCCAGUGAAAUCUUAGACUCUGCCUCUCACGACUGCCCCUUAGUAACUCAGACAUACAGCACAGCUGUAGCAAAAGGUACUUACGUGCCUUCGUCUCCGACAAGACUUGGUAAGGGGCAUGACACAAACCUCGAAGCCUACACAGAUGACCUGGGUGCCGUGGGCGGUGCUUGUCUGGAGGAUGAGGCCAGCGCCCUGCGCCUGGACGAGGACAGUGAGCACCCUCCCAUGAUCCUUCGGACUGACUGAACCUGACCUGUGACCUCUGACCCUGGAAGCAGAGAACACUGGCUUGACAGAGGACUUUGUGCAUUGCUGCUAUGAACUUUGACCUGAAUUGGGGAGAGGAUGGCAGAGACUAUAAAACAAAAAGAUUGUAGUGGUAGUCUAACUCCUCCAUUCUGUUGAGAAAAUACAUCGUUUUCACUUCAGUGGCUUUUAAUCCUGCUUAUGAAUUUUAGAUUUUUGUUUGUUCUCUCUCUUUGCCAAAAUUUAACUGUUUGGUGAAGCCCUCAAAACCUCCUUGCUUUGCAUGCAUGAAUGUGCCAAGCCAGCAUAGGAGAGCUAGAAGCCACUUCAUAACAAACUGCAAUUGUUUGGUUUUUGUUAUCUGUACAUAGUGACCAGUGUGCGUAAGGAAACCGUGGCAUGGUGCAGAGUGGUUCUGGUUGUCAAGGCUGGUUCUGCAGUGACAGGUCCAAGGGCUGCCCGCUUGGGGCUCACCGGUGUGCUGGGCAGACAUCGGCCUCAGACAGGGGUCCUCUUUCCCCAGAGCCCCACUGGACCAUUCUUCUCCGUUUUAUUCUGUUAAUUAAAUUCUUUCCAAAUUGUAUUAUUCUGGGAUUUCUUCCAUGGUGGACUUUUGUUUUUGAUCUUGUUUUCCAUAUGGAUAUUGGAAGAGAGAGAGGUGGUUUCUCAUAUUAAAAACCUUUCAUUCUGACAGGAGGUGAACUUGAAAGAUUACCUGGGCUCCUUGAAGCAAAGGAAAGUGAUCUCAUUUGUAUAAUUAAAUUAUCUGUUCUUCUA